AUUUGUGUAUGUCUGUGAAAGCUCAAAGUAGUGAUGUUACAGGAUACAAUUAAGUGAAACAGAUAGUUACGACUUUAUACAUAUUUAAUAUAUUCGUGUGACUUCAAACGUAACUUCACAAUGAUACCGUAUGCAGAUGGGAAGAAGGAUGAUAACUCGAACCUUCAUGAUUACUAUGUUCAUGAAUAUGAAAAAGUUGCCAAAAAAGUCAAAUGGUACAACGCAAUAUUCCUUAACAGGCCAUUACGAGUGGCCGUCGGGUUACUCUUCUUAGCAAUUUUAAUUCCAGUUCUACUGUAUCAGUAUAUAUUUGUGACGGCGGAUAGACCCCCAACAGACGGGUUCUCUUCAGGAUCCUGCGUCCUCCAAUUAAGUGCAAGGCUUUUAUGUGGUUUAGGAAACGUGUCAAUAGAGGAAUGUCACUCGCAAUGUUGUUACGAUCCAACUCACAACGUGUGCUACCAUAGAUAUCCAUCUAGAUUCUCAUAUAUCUUUCAUCAAAAUUGGGCUGAAGAUGUUGUUCUAAUGCCUAGAAUUCCCACAGUACCUUUCAAAUUACAAGAGAGCCUUAAAACUAUAAAAUUGUCAGUAGACGAAAUAUCGCAAACACACAUGUCACUAACAUUUUACGAUUCGACGAGAAUGUCCCUAGACGGGCAAAGACUAGAAAAUAAAACGUACACUUACGAAGUGUUGCCUGCAGAAUUAGAUAUAUCCAUAAAUGGCCCACAGGGAAGGUUAUUUAGUACAUUGAGAGGUCCUCUAAUUGCGUCAGAUAACAUUUGGGAAAUAGCUUUUAGGGUAACAAAUGAAUCAAUUUAUGGACUCGGUGAGGUACCUCUUAGAGAGGGAACAGUCAAAAUUAUUUACAAUCACGAUGGAGGUUUGAAUACUGUACCUUUAAUCUAUGCGAAAUUGAAUAGCUCGUACCAUGGCAUAAUGGUGGAGGCUAAGGGGCCAACUGAAAUAUCAAUACAUGGAGAGAACAAUAUUGUUGUUAGAAGUAUUACGAACGACGGUCUGAAAUUACACGUAUUUGUAGGACCAAAGCCUUCAGAUGUAAUGAAAGAUGUAAGAGGUUUAAUUGGUUCUUAUGAUAAAUUGGAAUAUUGGAUGCUUGGCGCUCAUAUUUGCAAUGACAUGAAUGAAACAACAGAAGAAGCUUACAAUGAUCUGAAUGAAUUUAUUUCAUUAGCUAAUGAAAAGAAAAUUCCAUAUGAGAGUCACUGUGGCAUUGCCCCUAUAGUUUUUAAAAACGAAGUAUGCUUAGACUCUGGUUUAUAUUUCGAUAAUGGCGGAGAAUUAAUAAAAAAUGCAAAUAAAAAAUUAGUUGGACAUGUUUCGCCACAUAUAAUAUACGGAAUACAUAAUAACACAGAUGUGGAAGACACUAAGAGUAGCGUAUCAUCAAACGAAAGUUGCAUAGAUAUUGCUCAACAUUUUCAUGAAUUUAUGAUACGCAAACCGAAUUCAGUAGAUAUUUACAAAGGUAUAAUAGGAAAUUAUGAUGUUUUAUAUCCUGACUACGAAAAUAUAACGGAGGAAUUUUUACAAAGCAUAUGGGCAUACAACGUUGCAUUAGAUGGAGUAAUCAUAGAAAAUAUUUGGCCCCUGGAUGAAUCUGUGAAAGACCAUGAAUUAAUAAAUUCGUCUUUACCGUACUUUAAUAAGAACUUCGAAACUGCAUUUAAUGAGACGCCGCAAUGGAACGCUACACGUCCUAAUGGAGAAAUAUAUUUUUAUAAUCACAACGAUUAUGCAAAUAAUUUUAUAAGUGCUGUUAAUUUUGGAUCCGACAAUAUACCGGCAUGGGCUUCCGAUCAAUUGAUGAAAGGAGAUGUAAUGAUAAAUAGGCAAAAUAUUAUAACUUCAUGGACUAACCUUCGCAAAGAACUGGUUGACAUUGCUUUGGGCGGUAUAUCAGGCCAUUGGCUUUGGUCAUCGCCGAUUUGUGGAGAUACUGAUAAUUAUAAUAGCACUACUCAAAUUGAACUUUGCAUUAAAUGGUAUAUGGCUGCCACAUAUAUGCCGAUGGUCAAGAUUCAUUCGAAGUCAAUACCGAGACAUCCUUUAGCCUUUCAGGGUAUUGACAGAGCACUUGUGAUUAAUGCACUGAAUCACAGGUUAAGUUUGUUACCAUAUUUCUAUACUGUAUUGCAAGAAGGACCUCUUCUUAGACCAAUGUUUUAUCAGUUCCCUGCCUCUGAUAGCUUGAAAGAUUUGACCUCACAAUUUAGUGUUGGAGAUAGCCUGUUAAUAGUUCCAAAUUUGACACCAAGUCAAAGUCACGUCCACGUAUGGCUUCCCCCUGGAAGUUGGUUUGAAAUUUGGAGUGGAUUUAAGCUAGAAGGCGAAGAAGGUGAUGUUGUAACAAUGACGACAACUACCUCUGAUUUUUUGACGCUAAUUCGCGGAGGUUCAAUUAUGGUUAUGCAGAAGGAAGUUAAAGAAACUGCCGAUCAAACACGUUUGCUAUCAAGUUUUUCAUUAAUUGUCGCUAUUGACUGCCAGUACGAGAACGUCACCGAUGUAUUCAGUAAUACCACUGAACAAGAAGUGUGCGAAGCAACAGGCAAUAUCUAUAUGACAAAUAAUAUAGCGCUGAAAUUCGAAUCAAAUACACAACAUCUAAUUAUAUCAAGCGUCGGUGAUGAUUACGAUGUCUUCUGUGAUACAGACAAUGCUUUAUGGUCGCAUACGAUUAAAGAAAUUUACGUUUAUGGAUUAGAAGACAGCUACAAUAAUUAUGAUCAUCACAGACAUAUAGAAACUACGGUAGAUUUGUGUGCACUUCAGUACAGUGAAAAUAUAUUAAUAAGUAUAACAUAAAAUUAAUAUUUAAUAACCAUUUUAAAUUAGAACUUUCGGCAACUGGUAAAUCGUGUUUCAAUAAUAGCUUAU